UCUCACCCCCUCCUGCUUUGUGUAUAUUUAAGCACCAAACCACAAUCCAAAGUGCUGCAUCUUAAAUACUGAGCUUUUUGAUCUUUAGUCCAUUGCAAAAUGGCUAGUGAUAAAAAACCCUGCCAAGAUGAGCGUGCAGGAGCAGAAAUUGUAUAUGGAGCUGAAGAGUGCCUUGGUCAUUCUGUUGAACUCCUAAAAGAGUUGGGAUUUCCCAUGGGAGUCCUUGCUCUUAAAGACCUUGAAGAAUGUGGCCUUGUUCGUGAAACUGGAUUUGUGUGGAUGAAACAGAAGGCUCCGUAUGAGCAUUACUUUGUCGCAACAAAAACUCUAGUUAGCUAUGGCACCGAGGUCACUGCCUACGUAGAGAAAGGCAGGAUGAAGAAAAUGACUGGGGUUAAGACUAAGCAGCUAUUUAUGUGGGUGCCAAUAGUUGAGAUGAGCAUUGAGGAUCCUGCUCAGAAUAAAAUUCACUUCAAGACUCCUAUAGGAAUUGGAAAGUCUUUUCCACUCACUGCUUUCAUGACUGAUGAGGAAAAGCAGAAGUAUCUUGAGAAAGCUAACGAGUAGAACAAUUAUCUAUAUGAUUGCCCAUUUUGCUUCAUUU